AUGGUAGAAGCCUCUACAGAGUUUGAGCCUUCUACUACUCGAGCUAAAGAUCAAGAGGACUCUGACGAUGAUUUUGAUACUGAAGAUUCUACUGCUGGGGAAAAUCCUUUUGGAGCUGUUAUUCAAAAGAUUCGUGACCUCGCAGUUUCCCUUAAGCUUUCUAGUAAGAAGACGCAAGAGUUUCUCGACCUCCAGAAAUCGACUCGCAUUGGCCAGCGACCACUACGCCUCCUCCGCGAUGUUAAGACAAGGUGGAACUCUACUACACUUAUGUGUCUCCGCGCAAGAGAGCUUAAAACAACGAUUUCAGCUUGGGUUGAAAAGCACUCUCUACAGGAACAAUUCUCUCUUGUGGAGACCGAUUGGGAGGCUCUUGAUAUUCUGCUUGAUAUCACCAGCCCGUUUUUACUCUUUACAAACAUCCUCAGCCGGUUAAAUGACCUUACCCCUGGUCAUACCUUUACUUUAUUACAAGUUGCAACAGUUCACUUGUACUUUUGCGCCUCUGCACUUAAAGAUAAAGUUACUAGCAAAGACUUUACUUGGAUAUCAAUCCUUCAGGCUGCUACGAAAAAGGGCCAAGAGAAGCUGGAAAAAUACGUUCAAAAGCUAAUUGAAGAGGAUUCCUUCAAGGUAUAUGGUAUUGCAACUCUCCUUACCCCUGAAGCUGGGACAUCAGUUUCGAGUACUUUUGACACGCGAUUCCAAUUCGCAAAUUACUUCGAAUACCUUCCUUCUUCAGCCUCACUUCGAACUCGAGUACAGCAAGAAUUUAUCGAGAGAUAUCUGAAGGUCUCUGAUGAUCUUACUAAGAUCUCUAUUACUGCUAUAGGAGAUGCUCCCUCCCCGCCUCCUUACGAAGUCUCAGUAGAAGAGGAGGAUAUUAGCGAUAGAGAUGAGGAGCUGCCAUCCUUAUCUAGCUCUCAACAGCCAAAACUAUCGAGUCAAGUUUCCCAACUUAGCAACUCACCUACGCCUUCUGUAUCCCAAGAACUCCCAAACUUCUCCGAGCUUGGGGGUCGCAAAAGGAAGAGACUUACUCGGCUAGAUCUUGUCGAACUCUCUCCUGACGAGGAUAGCGAUUAA